AUGACCCUUUCCCCGGUGCCGAUCGAUUCUUCGUUCGAUGGCUCCGAAGUGGCCACUCCGUGCACAGUGAUUGCCAGAAAAAGUGUGAGAAGACAGCCAGACACGGAUUACGAAGAAGAUGAAGAAGAGGAAGAAGUGGACGAUAGUGAGUAGAAUUUCGAAUAAAAACAUGAUAUUAAGCGCAUUUCUUGCAGUUUCCACAAUCUACGACGAUGACACAGAAGAGGGAUCGAGCGAGGACGCUACUUCGGGCGCACAUCUUCUCCCGAGACAAUCCACAUUCGCCAGAUGCAUCACUAAAGUGUACUGUUAUGUGGAUGACCAACAAGUUCCGUUUAUGGCAGAAGUGCCUGUGCCUCCGGAAGCAAUCACUUUGAGAGAUGUGAAAAGGACGCUUGCAAAGACAAACUACAAGUUUUUACUGCAUGGCACAUGACCCGGAUACUGGAAGGUGAGCUUUUUGAAGUCAAAUGACCGUCGGUCAUCAUCGUUUUUCAGAACUGUGA